AUGAAGCACAAUUCGGCUCAAGCUGAGUUGCUAUCAAGAGUUAAACUAAUCAUUUGGGAUGAAGUACCAAUGGUUCAUAGAUUCUUCUUUGAAGCUUUAGAUAGAAAAUUGAGAGACAUCCUUCGUUUUUCAAAUCCAAAAAGUUUCGAACAACCAUUCUGUGGGAAGGUCAUUGUUCUUGGAGGUGAUUUCAGACAUAUCUUGCAUGUUAUUCCUCAUGGUGGAAGGCAAGAAAUUAUUAAAAUAUUCUCUGAAUGGCUUCUUUAUGUUGACGACGACAACGUCGGUGACAAUGUUGAUGGAUUCUCUAUCAUAAAAAUCCCAGAUGAAAUCUUGAUCAAUGAUUCCAAUGAUCCACUCUCAGAUUUAGUAGAAUUUGCAUAUCCAAAUCUUUUGAAAAAUAUGGAUAAUUCAUAUUUCUUCGAAGAAUAUGUUAUCUUUGCACCGACAUUAGCGAAUGUCUGCAUGUUACAUAAGUACUUAAUGUCAAUAAUUCUAUGUGAAGAGAAGAUUGACGUUCAAAAAGGGAGUGCCUCUCAUGCUUCUGAGGAAUAUAAAUCAAUCAAGAGGGUUGUGCAAGUACAAAACUUGGUGAACAUGUUGUUGAAGGAAAAAUUCUUUCAGGCAAUAACAUAG